AAUUCUGAACGUAGCAAUUUCAUCAGGCAUUUGCACUUUUCUCAUUCAGUUUUUUCCCCCGGAAAUACAUGCAAUCGCCGGGAAAUUGCGCGAUGGUGACCGACGCAAAUAGGUUGCCGCCGGCGCCGGAGGAAGAAAUUCCAAACACGGAGACAUCAAUAAAGGCAGUUGAGGAGCUAUUGAAGUAUCGGUUUAAGAACACGAAGCUUCUAGAAGAAGCUCUUACUCACUCUUCCUGUCCUAAUUCAGCUUCUAAUUACCAGCGGCUGGCGUUCGUCGGCGACGCCGCUCUCGGCUUAGCUAUUUCCAGUUAUUUCUUCGUGACUUACCCUCACGUUGAUUGUGGUAAGCUUACUGACCUCCGCGCCGCCAAUGUAAGUACGGAAAAGCUUGCUAGAGUUGCCGUCCGGCACGGCCUCUACAAGUACCUCCGCCGCGAUUCCGCAAUCCUCGAUGAAAAGGUGAAGGAAUUCGUGAUAACAGUGCAACAGGAGGAGGAGAUGGAGUUCUAUGGAGGAAUGAUAAAAGCCCCAAAGGUUCUUGCAGACAUUGUGGAGUCGGUAAUGGGGGCUGUAUAUUUGGAUUGUGGCUUUGACGUGAAUGCUGUCUGGGUGAUCUUUAGAGGCCUACUAGAGCCUAUCAUCAUGCUGAAUAUGUUGGAAGAACAACCACAGCCUGUAACAAUGCUGUUUGUACUUUGCAAAAAGGAUGGAAAACAAGUUGAUGUAGAGCAUCAGAAAGAGGGAGGUAAAAACAUAGCAAGCGUCUUUCUUGAUGGACAAUUUAUUGCAUCAGCUUCUUCUGAGCACAAAGAAAAUGCAAAGCUUCAAGUGGCAAAGGCUGCUCUUAAAGAGUUGUACUAUAACCCUUACGAUAAGAUGGAUGUUGAAGUUGUUCCAUGCCAGAGAAAAAUGAGGGAUGUUCAAUCUAUUCUAUUUCAGAAACAAAAGAUGGAUAUUGAAUUUGACCCAACAAAAGAGAGUGAAGGAGCAAAGCAGAAGCUGAACGAGCUUUGCCAAAGAGAGAAAUGGCCCAAACCAACUUACAGAGUAGAGAAAGAGAUUGGUCCUGCUCAUGAUAGGAAGUUUAUAUGCUCUGUGCAAAUUGCAAUUGCUGAAGGCAUGCUUUUUGUGAUGGGAGAGGAAAAGUCACGAGUAAAAGAUGGAGAGAAUUCAGCAGCUUUAGCAAUGAUCCAAAGUUUGCAGGGAUCCAAGUUCAGUUGAUUUAUACAUACUUCCAUGUUCCAAUUCCAGGAUGAGGCAGACAACAGGGGCCCUUGGAAGUAAAGCUUACUCAGUUUUAGAAUCAAACGGUGGAGCUUGUUUUUGUUCAGUUCGGGAACAAAAGAAAAAGGAGAGGAAAAAAAGUAGGGAAAGCGAAAGGAAGAAAAAGAUAAAAGCAUUCGAUUGAGGUCUUGGAAUGGC